AUGCAGGAGCAUGAUUUUGAUCUCUCGAAAGUAAUUAAGUUCGUCCCAAAUUUUGACGAGUCUGAUCCUGAGGAAUAUUUCGGACAGUUUGAGCACGUGGCAACCACUCUGAAGUGGCCACGCCACUACUGGCCCAUACUUGUUCAGUCGAGUCUAAAAGGGAAGGGUCGUUGUGUCUAUCUCUCUCUGGCUGGAUCGCAUCAGUCCGAUUAUGACACCAUGAAGGAUGCGAUUCUUAAAGCGUAUCAGUUGAGUGCUGAGUUUUAUAGAAACCGGUUUCGGAAUUGUGUCCAAGAUAAUAACCAGUCAUUUGUAGAGUAUAUGCACAAGAUUUCUAAACUGCAAACUCGUUGGUUAUCUGCAAGCAAUGUUAGUGAUUAUGAAAGAUUAAAAGAACUUAUGCUGUUGGAACAAUUCAUAAGGGGAGUGUCGCCAGAAGUUCGCAUGUACCUGCUGGAGCGUGAAGUUAACACCGUUGAGAGAGCAGCUUUGUUAGCUGAGAAUUUUAAUCUGAUAUCUAAAAGUAAAGUAAAUAUAAAUAAAUACUCUCACCCCUCCGCUUUCGCUCCGUCUGUGGAUGGUAAGUCUGUUGGGCGGGAUAGCAUGAAUUCUGAUUUUGUAGCAAAGAAAAAUGGCUAUGGUAAAGGUAUGGGUUCAGGAUGGUCGUCUGGAUGUUUUUACUGUAAGAAAAUCGACCAUAUUAAGGCGAAUUGCCCCAAAUUAUUGAAGAAGGGACAAGUUUCAGAGCCUAAACCUGUAGCUAAUUAUACUUUUGUAUCUACAGACAAUGUCCAGGGUCUGCCGCAGCGUCCCUCGGUUGAUGAUCAUGAUUCAUUUCAUCCUUUCAUCUUUUCUGGUUCCGUGGCCUUAAAUGAAGCUGGUUCAUCUGUCCCUGUGUCUGCAUUUCGUGAUACUGGUGCUUCAUACAGUGUCAUUUUGAAGGAGGCAGUUCCUUUUGUGGAAAAGGCAUACACUGGGAAAUUCGUAGUAGUGGAAGGUUUUGGAGGGUGUGUUACAGUGCCCCUAUUUGCUUAUGAUCCUGCUGUAGAUGUUGCAAGAAAUAAUCCAGGACUUUUUCCAGCAUGUGCUGUAACGAAAAGCCAGGCGAAGAAGUUGCCAAGGCUUUCUGCUGGAAAUGUUGGACAGGAUGAUCUUAGUCUGGAUUGUCUAUUUGGUGAUGAAGCUGCUGUUGAGAAAUCUGACGAAUCCCUAAUGCCACUACUUAAUGCAGCCAUGUCGAAAUCAGAGAUUCAGUCACUGUCAUCUGGGUAUUAUCUAAAUACUGGGAUAUUGAUGAGGAAAUAUAGACCACCUGAAGUACCAGCAACCGAUUUGUGGAAUGAAGUUUUUCAAGUGGUGGUACCAACUUGCUAUCGAUCUAAAGUUAUUGGUUUGGCUCACGACUUAGGAGGAGGCCACUUGGUUAUCAAGAAGACACUUGAUAAGGUCAUCAGAUAUUUCUAUUGGCUAGGUAUUAAGUCAGAUGUAACAAAGUUUUUGCUUACUCUCAUGUGUGCUAGUACUAGGUAUCCUGAAGCAAUUCCUUUAAAGCGAGCUACAUCUCGUACUAUUGUCCCAGUCUUGAUCAAAUUUUUUACACAAUAUGGUAUGUCACGUGUAUUACAGUCAGAUCAGGGAAGCAAUUUUUGGUCGGUAAUGUUUCAGGAAGUAAUGAAAUUAUUACACAUUAAGCAGUAUAGUGCCACAGCUUAUCGGCCACAGACGCAAGGUGCCCUUGAAAGAUACCAUCAGACACUUAAGAGUAUGCUCACGAAGUAUUGUCAGGAAACGGGUAAUGAAUGGGAUCUAGGAGUGCCUUUAAUGCUGUAUGCUAUAAGAUGUACUGAGCAGGAGAGCCUAGGGUUUUCACCAUAUGAAUUGCUUUUUGGGAGAGACAUCCGCGGACCCAUGAAAUUGUUAUAUGAAAGCUGGAUAGGUUUGGAAAAUUCAGUUUGUCCAAGUGAUUAUGUGGAAAAAAUGAAAACCAGGUUGCAACAUCUUCAAAAAUAUGCUCAUGAGAAUCUAGAAAGUGCACAGUGGUCAAUGAAGGAAAUAUAUGACAGAAAGGCAGCUGAACGAGAAUUUGCUGUCGUUGAAAAAGUGCUACUGUUUUUACCUAUUCGCAGGAAAAAGAAAAAGAUAGUUCACAUCAACCUCAAGAAAUAUCAUUCGCGCAGACCAGAUGCUGUGACUGCUUUGUGCCUGAUCUCUGGUCCUGAGGAGCGGGGAGAUACUACUAUUUCAAAUGAGAUGGAAAGUGAAUUUGUUGUAGGCGAUGUUGGGUUCAAAUUGCAAAACAGUGACAUCUUGAAAAAUCCAGCCUCUAUAUUUUCUCAUUUACCCCACAAACAGCAACAGGAUAUCUUGUGUGUGCUCCAGGAAUUUAGUGAUGUUCUUGGAGAUGUGCCGCGACAGACGCACCUGGUGACCCAUGACGUAAGCUUUCUGCUCAAAAAUGGUCUUGCUGAACUUAGUGAGAGCGAGUGGGCAUCACCCUGUGCACUCGUGCCAAAACCUAAGGGUUGGAGAAUGGUGACAGACUAUAGAAGGGUCAAUGAGCUCACAAAAGGGGAUUGUUAUCCUUUGCUUAGAAUAUUGGAUAUAAUAGAUUCCAUUGGGGAGUCCAAGUUUAUUACUGUAAUCGAUUUACUGAAGGGCUAUUAUCAGAAUGCGCCUAGCUCAUUUCAGCGACUGACGGGUUCAAUAAUACGAGGACUCAAAGGGGUAAAGGUAUACAUUGAUGACCUUGUAGUUUACAGCAGUAAAUGGGAAGACCAUGUGGCAACAUUGCGAUCCCUCUUUGAACACCUGCAAGAUGCCGGGCUCACUGUUAAUUUAGUCAAGAGUGAGUUUGCACAAGCUAAGGUGAGGUAUCUCGGCCACGAGGUUGGAGGAGGAGAGGUUGCUCCAGUUAAAGCCAAGGUAGAAGCUAUCAAUGAGUUACUUGUACCUAAGAAUAAGAGAGCAGUUCAAAGAUUCAUUGGUAUGGCUGGGUACUAUCGUAGGUUUUGCCCGAACUUUGCUGACGUAGCCAAACCCUUAACAGAUCUUUUGAGUCCAAAGAAAGAAUUUAAAUGGACGGUUGAAUGUCAGGAGUCUUUCAAGAAGUUAAAGAACUUUCUAACGUGUGAACCUGUGUUGAGGUCUCCAGAUUUUGAUAAACCUAUUACCCUCCAGGUAGAUGCUAGUGUACGUGGCUGCAGGAUCAGUAUUGUUGCAGGCAGGGAAUGGUGGGGGUUCUGCACCCGGUCUACUACUCUUCUGCGAAGUUCAAGCCGCACCAAACGCACUACAGCACGGUCGAGAAGGAGGCUGCCGCUCUUCUCAUGGCUCUUGAAAAUAAUCAUGAGCGCAUUUAAAUUUGACGAGUUUGUGGAAAGUCCUUCACUAGAGGCUAUUGAGGAUUGUGACUGGGUUCAGUUAGCUCGACAUUUUGACGUAACAAUUCGAGCAGCGUGGCGCAAGAGUGAAAUUAAGAAAUAA